UACCGCAAAAAGUCUCCUAGCUGUACGUCUUCUCCUAUCCUCUAGUCAUUUUGAAAGCUCAAUUCCUAACCUCAUCCCAGCCAUACUUUGCCAAGAACCCCAAGUUUGACCUUGAGCACUUCCGCAAUGAGCUUGCCCAAAUGUCAGCCGAGCGCCGUCUUCACCACACCCACAGGUCCGCAACGAACUUGAUAACAGUUUGUGAAAACCCCAUCUGCCGCAUCCUCAACUACCUGGAGGUCCUUAUAAACACCACUCGCGACUCAUGGACCGAGUCAGAAGUCCGCGCCGAGCUACGACGUGUUGAUAGGUGGGAAGACCAGGGUGUCAUGAAUUACACCCCCGCAAGUCGGGAACAAGCUAUGAAACUCCGUGGUUUGGGCACCAGGAAGGAGAGGAAACAGGCAAAGAGAGAAGAUCGGAGAAAGGCAAGGGCAGAGGAUGCUUUCAUCAGAGAGCUGAGCGCAUUUGGACUGGGAAGUGGGGAAAAGGAUGAUGCAAAGGAGAGAAGACAUCAGAGAAGGGAGAAGAAGAUUCGGAAGAGAGAGAGGAUGACAUUACAGGAGAGUCAGGAUGGCAGGGGAAAUGCAGAGGUGGGAGACCAUGAUGAUAUGCACAUGAAGAUGUGAAAUCCUUUUGUUUUCACAUUCUGCAGUAUCCAGAAUGGUGGCAUGUAUGUUCCUCCUGGGAGUCCUAGACCUCUUCCAGGAUUGGGGGGUUCCUCGUCUUCAAUCGCAUAGUCAUCGCCGGAUGUAUCAUGUGGCAUACGUCCUUUGAUGAGCCCAGAACUCAAAUCAAAGACGACAUACACCGAACCAAGCGCACGGAUUGAUUCGAGUCACUCCAAGUCGCAUAUAAAUGCGAGUCCCCAAGCGCCUC